GCAAUCAAACCUCCCUUACCAUGUCAACCCAACUGUAGCCACUGAUCCAAAAGUCUACCCCUUCUAGUUCUGCUGUAGCCAUUUAAAUUCAGACAGUAUUCCUCAAGGAAUACCACAAUCACUAAGCAUGUUUUUUGAGCUGAUCAAGUUGAAAGCCUGAACAUUGCCGAAGAAUCUGAUGCGGUGAUCAAAGAAACCAUAUUGGCUUUCUACCAUUCGAAACAGCACAAAAAAUCCCAAUUCCAGCCACAAUGCACCCCAUAAUGAGUGCAUUUCCGGCUGUGAAUAACACGGCCGCACCAGACCCAACACCUUUCUUCUCCCAAAAUCUCGUCAAUCCCCCCUUGCCCACAAACGCAGCCUGGCAAAAUUUUGCCCUAAAUAAGGGCAACCAAUCAGAAUAUAUUCACCCGUACCUUAUCCAAUCUAGCCAUGGCGCCCUCACAGUCUGCUACCCGACCCGGGUCGUAAACACAUCCCUCAUAUUCCAAGUCUUUUUGGCCAAUAUCAUCAUCUCCUGCGCGCCCUCGGGCUCUCACAAGAUUACCCAUUACGACGACCUCAGUGUUACUCUGGACCUCCCUGGUCCUCUCAUGGUUCCCCUGGUGCGAGGUAGCCCUUACAUCACUUGCAUUGUCAAGGGUGGGCAGCUCAAAUUCUCCACCAUACAUGCCGUCUUGAAUGUCUCUUCCUUCAAUGGCUAUACCAAGCACAAGAUCCAGUUCAACAAUGGCCAAACAUGGCUUCUUUAUAGCUCUGCUCCAUUGAAGCUCAAUUCCGACCUUUCUGUCUCGGGGGAGUUCCUAGGCGUCCUCAGAUUGGCCUUGCUUUCUGACAAAUUCGACCAGGUUGCGGAUGAAAAAGAAGGGAUCUUGGACCGCUUUAGUAGCUGCUAUCCGACCUCUGCUCAUGUCGACCUCACAGCCCCUUUCAGGAUUAGUUAUAAGUGGAAGACGAGAGGGUCGGGGGAUUUGCUUAUGCUUUCCCACUCUGUACACAGACAAAUAAUGACAGUCCCAGGGCAUGAUAAGGUUAUCUCGGAGUUCGGAUAUAGAAGCAUGGACGGGGACCUGGUGGGUAUAGUUGGGGAUUCGUGGGUUUUAGAGGAAACACCCAUACCCAUAACCUGGUAUUCAAUCAAAGGCUUCCAGAGCGACAAAGAAAUGCAGAGAGUCGUCUCUGCUCUGGAGCAGGACGUUGCAGAUCUGAAUCCGAUCACUACUAAAUCUAGUUAUUUCUAUGGGAAGGAGAUCGCCAGAGCUGCUAGAUUAGCUCUGAUAGCGGAGGAAACACACAGUCAUAGCCUGAUCCCUCGUGUAAGAGAGUUUUUGGAGCAACAUAUAACACCCUGGCUGGAUGGGACUUUUAAAGGGAAUGGAUUUGUGUAUGAUAACAAGUGGGGUGGGCUGAUCAGCAGAAACGGUGCCAAUAAUUCGACAGCUGAUUUUGGGAUUGGAGUGUAUAAUGAUCAUCACUACCAUUUUGGGUACUUUUGCUAUGCAAUUGCAGUGCUUGCCAAGCUUGAUCGCAAUUGGGCUUGGAGGUUCAAGCCCCAGGUGUAUUCCAUUGUGAAGGAUUUCAUGACUGUUAAUCCUGCAGAAGAGCUUUUGUACCCUCGUCUGAGGAUGUUCGAUCUGUGGAAGCUGCAUUCUUGGGCCAGCGGGCUCACAGAGUUCCCAAAUGGGAGAAACCAGGAGAGCACCAGUGAGGCCUUGAAUGCAUACUAUUCUGCUGCACUUUUAGGUUUGGUUUACGAAGACACAGAUUUGAUUGGGAUUGGAUCUACCUUGGCUGCAUUGGAGAUGAGGUCUGCCAAGGCCUGGUGGCAUGUUCCAUUAAAUACCACUGUUUACGAGUCUGAAUUUGUGCAAGAGAACCGCGUGACAGGUAUCGUGUGGGCAAAUAGGAGGGUCAGUGAGCUGUGGUUUGCUCCUGCUGAAUGGAGAGAAUGCAGAACGGGUAUUCAGUUGCUUCCCAUUCUACCCAUUACUGAACUUUUGUUUUCCGAUGUGGGGUAUGUUAAGGAAUUGGUUGAAUGGACUGUUCCUGCAUUGAGCAGGAAGGGUGUUGAGGAGUCAUGGAAGGGAUUUUUAUAUUCAUUAGAGAGUUUGUAUGACAAAGACAGUGCUCUGCAGAAGGUAAAGACUCUGAAGGGGUAUGAUGAUGGCAAUUCACUGACAAAUUUGUUAUGGUGGAUAUAUACAAGAGGAGGUUCUGGUAGAUUCUAGCUGCUCAUUUUACUGUUAAAUGUUGAAAUUCUACCCUUUUUUUUUUUUUUUUCGCACAAGCCCCCUUUUCAUCAAGCAUUUGUUUUUCGGGUUAACUGAAUAUCAGUUAUGCCUAAAAUGCCAGUUAGAUGAAUAAGCUUGAUAAAGGAUUUAGGUUCGUUUGCUUCAUAUGUUUUGGCAUGUCUUCAGCUUUCUUACUUAGAAAAGAUGGCUUUUAACCGUUUAAUACCGUGUAUUUUCAUCUUCUAUAAUCUCUACAGAAAUUUAGAACCAGAGGUUCAUAUUUACCUAAUGUAGGUGAAUUAUAAUGCUUUUGGUAGAAAUCUGAUUGUAAGAGUCUAUAGGCAGAUAUUUAUGUAUUCAUUGGAUGCAAUUAAUUUUAUUUAGUUGAUCGAUUA